GGAGCCUGGCCAUCGCCAAAAGAAAAGCUUAAGCAAGCAAGCGAGGCUGCCUCGGUCGCCCUCUCGCCCUCUCGCUGUCUGUGCAAUUGUGUGUGUUUCUCUUGCUCUGUGUCCGUGUCUCUGCUGGAUUCUCGUACAAUUCUCUCUGCGUCGGAGGGAGGAGUAACUCAUGAUAUCGACCAUGUUGCCCUCCACUGCUGUUUGCGGUUCCUCGCAUUCCUCGUUGUAUGCCCUUCUCCCUCUCUGUGCCCGCUCUUCCUCGCCUUCUCUCUACCCUGUGCCUAAUUUGGGUCGACGGAGCUACGGUGCUUCGCGGGGCGAGAGGUUGUUGACUCUUGCGGUGCAGAAAUCGCCCAAGGGGUUCGGCAAAGCGCCCGAGAAGGAAAAGAAGGUACAAAAAAAGGAGGGCAAGCUUGAUGGGUCGUUGCGGUCGGGGACGCAAGCAGACCCGCAGGAUGAGCGCCAGGAGCCUGAGGACGACGUGGUGCCGGAGGUCGUGACCAACCGCAUGCUCAAGCGGAUUGCAUUCACGGUCGGUAUUCCGUUUGCCAUUGGAGUCGCGUUCUUCGUCUUGUAUUAUUACUUGAAGGCUGUGAAAAAGGUGGAUAUCCCCGAGUGGCUGCCGUUGUUUACGUCGUUUCUCACCUUCGGUUCGGCGGGAGCGGGCAUCACGUACGGCGUGUUAUCGGCCAGCUGGGAUCCCAAGCGAGAGGGUUCAUUGCUUGGUUGGAAGGAGGCUCAGCUCAACUGGCCCGUCUUUUGGGAUACAUUCCGGGGAAAGCGUGAUGACCUGAAGAGAUGGUAGAGUAUACGGGGUCCUGUUCUUGUUACAAUUGCGGACGAGUUUGGAGGGCUUCUUCGCUGUAUAGUAGAUAGUAGUUAUUGUGAGGAAUGUUCCCCUACGGUGCAACUGCUGAUAAUCGAUUACUAACCUGGAUGGUAGAGACGGAUGGAUGCUGGAGUAAUGGUCUGUAUUCGGCGAGAAGUGAAUCCUGGUGCAGCUGUUCUAUCUGAUCGCUGAAUUUCUCUUGGUUGCAUUUAGGGUUGCAUGGUUAACAGCAGGUUGAGAUUAACUGUUUGAGACAGUUAGCUCUCUUGCUCCCAUUCCUCAUCGAUUUAGGCCUUCAGAGCAUUGUAGUUUGCUGCUACGGCUUUAGGUUGAAGUGUGAAGUUCGACGUAAUCUGGAUAUGAUGCUUCGCAACCGCAAGUUCUGGGCGAGCCUGAACCUGAGUAGAUUGAUGGUGAUGGCGAGACUUUAUUCACAUUUUCCCAUGCUUCAUAUUCUUGCUGGCAUUUGUACUAGUAGCUUUGUGUGAUUAGGGCACAGACGAGGCAAAUUCUCUGGCGAAAGCUUCUAAUUUCCAUUCGCUUGAAUUACCUCCCCAUCUUCAUCAGAUAUAUCUGAAGCAGCAAUUCUUUCUAUGUAAUGGUAGUGAGCAGUUUAGCCUUUCAUGUCUUGUAUUUCUGCCUCUGAUAUUGAUGAAACCACUGGAGCCCAUUCUACCUGUAAUAUUGGUCAUCAA